UUAACAUGCACCCCAAAUGAGAGUGCGGAUGUCCAUCAAAGUUGCAAUGAGGAUCUUGGAAGAGUUUCGUUUCCUACAUCCUUAACAUUUAUGAGUGGAAAAGUUGCCAACACUCCAUAUGGGAUCCUAAAGCCUGUCUCUGAGAUUCCUAAACAAUUUAGGAAUAUCUUUAAGGAGUUUCCAUAUUUUAAUUAUAUACAGUCAAAAGCUUUAGAUGAUCUUCUGUAUUCCGAUAAAAACUUUGUCAUGUGUGCUCCAACUGGUUCUGGAAAGACAGUGAUAUUUGAGAUAGCAGUUGUGCGAUUACUAAUGGAGACUCCUGCUCCAUGGACAAAAGUUAAAAUCGUAUACAUGGCUCCAAUAAAAGCUUUAUGUGGCCAAAGAUUUGAAGACUGGAAAGAAAAAUUUGAACCCAUUGGACUGCUCUGUAAGGAGCUGACAGGGGACACAGAGGUGGAGGACUUAUUUGAGAUUCAGCAUGCCCACAUUAUAAUGACAACCCCAGAGAAAUGGGAUAGUAUGACCAGGAAAUGGAGGGACAAUACGCUAGUUCAACUUGUACGUCUCUUUCUUAUCGACGAGGUGCAUACAGUGAAAGAUGAAAUCCGAGGAGCUACUCUUGAAGUUGUCGUCAGCAGAAUGAAAACAAUGCAGGCCUCUCUUUCUCGUGCAGCAAAGAGUGCCGAAGAGUUUCCGAACAUGCGCUUUGUUGCAGUUUCAGCAACAAUUCCUAAUGCCGAUGAUAUUGCAGAAUGGCUUUCAGAUGGAAAGCAUCCUGCCCUAUGUAUGAAAAUGGAUGAAUCUCAUCGACCAGUGAAACUCCGAAAAGUUGUCCUGGGAUUUCCUUGCAACAGUAAUCAAACAGAAUUUAAGUUUGACCUAAGCCUUAACUAUAAAAUAGCAGGUGUUAUACAGACCUAUUCAGAUCAGAAGCCAACGCUUGUUUUCUGUGCCACAAGGAAAGGUGUUCAACAAGCAGCUUCUGUCCUUGCAAAGGGUGCAAAUUUUAUCCUGAGCACUGAACAUAAGAAGAGGCUUCUGAAGGCUGCUAAUGCUGUAAAAGAUGCGAAACUGCGGGAUCUUGUGCUAUAUGGAGUGGGAUAUCACCAUGCCGGUAUGGAUGUAUCAGAUAGAAAAAUCAUUGAAGCGACCUUCACAGCCGGAGAUCUACCAGUACUUUUUACUACUAGCACUCUGGCUAUGGGUGUGAAUCUUCCAGCUCAUUUGGUAAUCAUAAAAUCCACCAUGCAUUAUGCAGCAGGAAUGUUUCAGGAGUACAGUGAGACAGACAUUCUGCAAAUGAUUGGCAGGGCUGGAAGACCUCAGUUUGAUACGACAGCCAUAGCAGUUAUCAUGACAAGGAUAAGUACUAAAGAGAAGUAUGUACAGAUGAUAGAUGGAAUGGAUACCAUUGAAAGCAGCCUGCACAGGCAUCUCGUGGAACAUCUGAAUGCAGAAAUAUCUUUGCAUACUAUAACUGAUGUUAACAUUGCUUUGGAGUGGAUAAAAUCAACCUUCUUGUACAUUAGAGCAUUGAAAAAUCCUUCUCAUUAUGGUUUCCCACAAGGGCUGGAUCAAAUAGGAAUUGAAGCUAAAUUGCAGGAGCUUUGCCUGAGAAAUCUGAAUGAUUUAUCAUCAGUUGGAUUAAUUAGAAUGGAUGAAGAAAUCAAUUUUAAGCCUACAGAAAACGGUAAACUGAUGGCAUUGUACUAUAUUGCCUUUGACACAGCUAAACUGUUUAACUGUAUUCAAGGAAAAGAAACACUGAUUGACCUGGUCAUGUUGAUAUCUACAUGUAAGGAAUUUUCAGAUGUGCAGCUCAGAACCAGUGAGAAGAAAAUACUUAAUUCACUGAAUAAGGAUAAAAACAGAGUAACCAUCAGGUUUCCAAUGGAAGGGAAGAUAAAAUCUAAGGAAAUGAAAGUUAAUUGUCUCAUACAGGCUCAGCUUGGAUGUCUUCCUGUUCAAGAUUUUUCUUUGACCCAAGAUAUGGCAAAGAUUUUCAGACAUGGCACACGAGUGGCUAAAUGUCUGUCUGAGUAUUUAGCAUUACAAGAAAAGAAAUUCAUUGCAUGUCUUAAUGCAUUAAUUCUGACCAAGUGCUUCAGGUGCAAAUUGUGGGAAAAUUCAUUACACGUAUCCAAACAAUUGGAUAAAAUUGGUGUUAAUUUAGCUAAUGCAAUGGUGAAUGCUGGCCUUACAUCAUUUAAAAAAAUUGAAGAAAUUAAUGCCAGAGAACUGGAGUUGAUUGUGAACAGACACCCUCCAUUUGGAAAUCAAAUAAAAGAAUCUGUAAUGUAUCUUCCAAAGUAUGGACUUGGUGUUGAGCAGGUAGGAAGAUAUAGUCCUUCCAUAGCCGAAAUCAUUGUCACUGUUAAGUUGACAAACUUUGAGCAGCUACAGAAAAAGAGAACAGCUCAUGACUUACAUUAUGUCUCUCUCAUUAUUGGAGACUCGGAUAACUAUGUUGUAUUUAAGCAGAAAAUCAUGGAUUCUACCUUGAUAAGGUCAGGAAUUUGGACAAGAAAAAUUGAAAUCAAAAGAAUUUCCACAUCAGAGGAACUAAGUAUAAAUCUGAUAAGCUCUGAUUAUGUUGGCCUUGACAUUCAGCAAAGCUUCAGCGUUCUUUAUGCUGUGCCACAGCGAUGCGAGAGAGAUGUCGGAGCUAAGUGGAAAUCUGAAGAUACAUUUUCAAAGGAAAGUAACGCAAGAUCCAACUCUGGAAGCUUGCAGACAUUGAUAAGAAAAGGAAUGAGAGAAUGUAACCAUCAUUGCAAAAACAAAGAAGCUUGUGGACAUGAAUGUUGUAAAACCGGAGUUUCUUAUAAAGCUGACAGUAAAACUAAUUCAGACUUCUCUUCAUAUCUGAGUGAUCUAAGGAGUCGAAAUUCAGUUUCAUCAGCUCCACCAGUAAAGAGACUAAAGAUGCAGAUGCAAAGUGAGUUGAAAACUGUGAACCUGGAAAAGUUUGCUUUCAUGCCUAAAGCUUCCAUGACUUCGAAAACCACGUCUGUACAAAUAGCACUGGAAAAACAGACCUUUUCCAAAACCAGAAAUGAUACACAACAGCCACAAGAUGGAGCACGAUGUUCAUAUUUUGGAAACAAAGACUGUGUAAAUCAGCAAACAGCAAGGAUACAACAAUACCACAAUAAUAUGACUGACGCAGACAAAUACAGCUCCUGGUCACAGAAACCUUUAAAUGGGAUGUUUGAUGUGGAAGAUGACGUCUGGGACGAUUUUGAUGAUGAAAAUUUGCUGGAUGCCAGCAAUCUGACCUCCAUAAUUAGAAAAAGACGGCUGCUUUCUUCUGAAAAACAGAACCACAUCCGUCCACAGGUUGUACGUGUCAUUACAACUCAUCCUAGUUCACUUCAGUGGAGAGCAGCUGUAUUUUCAGUCCUUUUGGUGGAAAAAGACAGCCAUCUUUUGAAUCCAGAACCACCCCAAAACUUGAGUUUGGAUGUUGAUUUGAAAGAGGAAAUUCAAUGGAUUUGUUCGAAUACAGCUACACAUAACAAGGACCAAUCAAACAUAAUAUCCUACGGAGAAAAACAAGAGUCUGGUUUGACUUCCAUGCCUCAACUCAAAUCUUCCAAUCUCAAAAAGGAUCUGAAAAUAAAUAAUCAGAAACAAGUACAUUUCCUGGAUUCAGAAGCAUUAAAUUAUAGACCACAAACACAAGGAAUAGUAGCUGCAAAUGAAGGACAAUACUCCGGGAGAACUGGGAUUUACACACUGAAUUCUCCCCACUCUUACAAAGCUUACCGUUCUGUGAAAAUCAGGAUGAAGAAACACAGGCGUUUAUUGGAAUAUUUGAUGGAAUUUUUUAACCUACCUUCAAUUGUUCAAGCAUUGAUGCAGAAAUAUGGACUUAAUGCAGUUGUUGUUCUUGUUAGUGGUUGA